AUGGCCGACGACUUCAACACUUCAGACCACGAAGACGACUCCUUCGCCUCGCCGCCGGAACCCACACCGGCCGGCCGGUCCAAGACGCCGACCCGCCAAGGCGGCUCGCGGUUCGACACCGAUGAGUCCCGCGAAGCAGCCCUGCGCAAGGAACUAGAAGGUGUCCGAAAAGUCAACGAGGUGAUUGAGGGUGUCAUUGGGACCCUGGAGCGGGCGAGGGGAAACAUGGGGACCGUCUCCCAAACCGUCACAAGCGCCUCGACCCUCCUCAACACCUGGACGCGCAUCCUCUCCCAAACCGAACACAACCAACGCCUGCUCCUCAACCGCGAGUGGAAGGGGUCGACGCAAGACGUGGCCGAUAUGGAGAAUGAAGCGCUGCAGAAACAACAGGAAGCUGAGCGGCAUGCGGCCGAGGCCGAGAGGCGGCGGGAGGAAGCGCGCCGGAGGGCGGAGGAGGAUGAGAGGAAACGGAGUGCGGGUACGGCGUCUUCGUCGAGGACUGCUGCUGGGAGGGGGAGUGGGAUUAUGAGGGGACGGACGACGACGAGGGGAGUGGGGGGUUCAAGGGGGGCUGCGAGAGGGGGUGCUUCGUCUGCGGCGGAUACGACAUCGAGUACUGGCGGUUCGAGGAAUACGUCGGGAAUUGGGAGGGGAGGGUUUGGAUAUACCCGAGGCGCGCGAUCAAGAGGGGUGAGAUGA